AUGCAGCUGAGCUCUAUACAUAGCUGCCUUUGCUCAAGGCAAAAGGCUUCGGCGGAUGGAGUGCUUUUUCCUUUCCAAAAAUGCCUAUGAGUUUAAUUAAACUUCAAGUAUAAACCAGCUGGCGGGAGAUACCACCUUAUCAACUUGUUGACGGCUUGCAAUUCCAAGUAAGUUAUUGUCUUUAUUACAGAACUUCUGUUGGAUGUUAAAUCGGCACUAUUUCUUCAGAAGCUUUGCUUUAGUCUCUUUCCUUUCAAUAAGAAAUAUGUCACAAUUCAUUCCCCCCCCCCUUUCUUCUUGCAUCAGGGAAAUAGAAUUGACUGUUGCAAACAUUGGUGUGGAACAACACUGCCCACAAAUCUGUCCAUAAUAUCUAACAGUCAGUAAAGAAAUGAACCCCCCUAACAAUUCUUAAUUGGUUUUGUCAUAUUAUGUUUGAUUUUGCAAUUCAAAAUUGCUUUGUGUGGCAUUAUUUAAAAGCAGAAAAUUGCUUUGUGUAUACUUUGAUAAAUCUCUCUGUGCAUUGAUAGAUGCUGAAUAAAUAAUAAUAUAAUUCAAAUAAUGGCUGGGAACACCUUACACGCUACAGGUUCUGCUUGAUUGCAUUUUGUUAAUGGAGGGGGACUUUUGGUCAUGUUUACUGUAAAAGAUAUUGACAAUCUCCUCUGCUGCCUAAAUUUGUUCUCCUUUCUGCCAGGUAAAGAUGGGUGUCCUAGCUGUGCUAAUUCUCCCACUGCUGGUGGUUGGAAUCAGCGGGAUUGUAUAUAUUUAUCGGACAGUUACUCAUCUGAUGUCAAAAUCUGCCGUGCGGAGCAAAGUUGUAGUGAUCACUGAUGCUCUCUCUGGUGUGGGCAAGGGUAAGCAGGUGCAGCAAAUGACUAAUAGCCUGUUGUGUGACACACACACACUCUCUCUCUCUAAUAGAAAUCUGGGUUGCUGUGAUUCCAUUGUGCCAUCCAGUUCUCUGGCACGUGCACCUUGAGGAACAUUCAGAAUCUUAAAGAAUCCAGCUGCCAUUAAAAAGAAACAUAAUUUCUAGACCUUGUGGUUGUCCAUGAAAACUUGAAAAUAUGGCGAGCAAUUGGCUCAGAAACCAAUUGGACAAGAGUCAGGGCUUCAGCACUGCAAGAGACAUAAAAUCUAUGUGUAUUUGAACAGAACGGAACCUCUCAGUGGUGAUAUUAAUGGAGGGAAUCCUUCAAAUGGCCCAGUUCAUUCCCAUCAUGGAUGCUUUAGCUGAGAUUCCUGCAUUGUUGGACUAGAUGACUCUUAGGGUACCUUCCAACUCUACAAUUCUACGAGUCUAUUAUUCUAUGAUCCACCUGUGUCCACAUUCUUUCCCAUUCUUUCCUAAACUGCCUGAUAAAUUUUCUGUUGUCUUAGUAAUGGAGUACCCUGUGGCUUUUGCAUUCUUUCCCCUCAACUGUACCCUGACCUGAAACAAAUUCAAAAUUCUUCAGAAAUCAAUAUGUUCCAAUUGAACCAAUUUAGUAAAGCUAAGUAAGAUAGCUAAUAUUGUUAUUGUUUGCAUUCUACUAACCCUUGUGGUGUGGAGCAGGGCAAAAAAGUGCAUAAACAAAUUAUAGGUAUUGAUAGGUAAAUUAACCACCACCACCCCUUUUGCCUAAUUGGUUCUGCAACAGAAACUGGGUCUUUCUUCCUUGCAAAACUUAGGUUUGCUUUUGGUGCCGACUUCUGGAAUCCCAGUUGAUGGCUUUAUAUACACCAAAAUGAAUUAGCAAUAAAAGCAGCUGCACUGUAUUUAUUUAGAGAAUCAAUGUCCACAUAGCAUUCUCAUCAUAAUGCUAGAGAAAUGUGGGCUAGGAAGAAUGACAGUCAGGUGGAUCCAGAAUUAGUUGAAAAGCUGCUUUCCUACAAACACUAAGUCUUAGAUGAAAUAAAUGGGUCUAUUUAUAGCCGGGUGGCUGUGCUGUUGCAGUGAGAUCUAAUUGCACAUACAGUAACUAUCAGGUGGCAGCAGGGCGGUAUAAAUAGAUUAUUUCUAUAAUCCAUAAGUUAUGCACCAGUGCUGAGCUUUAAGGUUUGAGACCAGUAAGAAGGCAUGCAGAAGGCUCUCUUGAAGUGAAAUUGCUUACAGGCUUUGGGGCGCUCGAGCCUUGAGCAGGCAGCCAUCACAGCAGCCGUCCAAUUAACGGAUGGGCUCAUAGCAAAAGAAGGUAUCAGAGGGCUGGAAAGUGAUCCAUUUCAGCUGCAUGGGGUUCUCUGAUCAGCUUGUUGCUCUGCUGCCUGCCAGGCUGUGGAAACAGGAUAUGUCAGUUGAGAAAUCAUCAGGGGCUCAUAUGCACCAUUUGGCAGAUGCACUUGGGGAAGUUCACAAAGAUGUUGCUGGAGUCUGGACUCUUAACUCCCAUCAUCUCUGACCAUUAGCCAUGUUAGCGGGGGAGGCUCAGCUCUAUCUGGAAGGCCACAGCUUCUCGAUCCCUGUUUAAGACGGUGCAUAGGUGAGUUCUCUCACCUGACAGUUUGUUCCAUAGCAUGCACCCAGCAUGCCCAUUUCUGUCUGACAUUAACAGCUUCCACUGCAGUGGGAGGUGGAGGGUUUGCUAACUGAAACAUCAUGAUGUUCUUACAUCUUCAGAACAACUUCACAACUGGUGAGACUGCACUGGCUGACCAGUUCGUUUCUAUAAGAAAACUUGGGUGCAUUUAUUUGUUUGCACAGUUUAUGGGUUUCAGACAAUAUACAUGGUGCAAUUUCUCAACUCUCUGAAGACCCACUAUUUAAAAUAUAACCAAUGCCUUGUGUAUGUAUGUGCUGCAGUGUUAAGAGAACAUCUCCCCCUUGUUUAUUUCAAACUAACAAGAAUACAGGUACAUGCUUUAUAUAUGCUUUAAGCCAGGCAUAGGCAAACUUGGCCCGACAGAUGUUUUGGGACUACAACUCCCAUCAUCCCUAGCUAAUAGGACCAGUGGUCAGGAAUGAUGGAAGUUGUAGUCCCAAAACAUCUGGAGGGCUGAGUUUGCCUAUGCCUGCAUUAAGCCACCCAGAGUGGCUGGGGAAACCCAGCCAGGUGGCCAGGGUAUAAAUAAUAAAAUUAUCAUCAUCAUCAUCAUUGUCAUCAUCUAACCUGCAUUAUUCACUGGUUUAUCUUUCAGAAUGCUCACGAGUAUUUCACACAGGUGGAGCAAGGCUAGUUCUGUGUGGUAAACACCUGGACAAGUUAGAAGCUCUCUAUGAUGCUUUAAACAGUGUGGCUGAUCCUAGAGCAGUAAGUAUCCUGUAAGGGACUGUGUAACGACAGCAGUAUUUUUCCCUAUGAAACAAGAGAAACAGAAGAUAUAAGCUUGUACCUUUUUCUCACUACUUUUGAAUUAGGCUUUGCUGUCUACUAUGCAGGGCCAGGGUGAAGCAAUGAUCUCAGGCGGUGGAUUAGCUUCUGUAAAAGCAAUUGUGCAGCAAAAUUGGCUACACCUAGCAGGAAGUUCUCUGCCUACACCUAACAGGAAGUUGAGGGAUCUAGCUCACUUUGAGAUGGCACAUGUAAUUCCCAUUAAGAAUCUAAUUAUUGAAGACUUGUAGAUGAGAAGAAGAGGUAUUAAGGUCAACAAGGCAAACCCACCACACUGAAGGUAGCAGCGAGCCUACCCCGUCCCCCAAAUAAAACCCAUAUGUAAACAAAUAGAUUUAAAUAGAGCUUAUUACCUUCCAGGACAUACAGUGUGCCAUAAGCAGAAAGCAUGCAUGAGAUCAAAGGUGUGACUAGAAAACGGUUAGCUUCAGUUGAAUGCUUGGUGGUUGAAGCAUGUUGAUGUACUAUACAUUAUGGAGCAGAGGGUUAAGCAAUGUUUGGUAUGACUAUCAAAUUGCAACUGAAAACAAGUUUUCUAUGACAACAGUGUACAUAUGUUCUCCCCCACUGUCUUCUGAAAUGGGCCCAUUUUGACCAUACAAGCAAUCCCAAUCAUCUCUGGGUAUCAGCUCAGGUGGAUAUACAAAGUGGCUACUGGACAAUCAGUCUGUAGCAAUACCAACAACCUCUGAACUGGAUAAAGCUUCACUUUGAAUAAAUUGCUACUAAUUAUAUUCAUAGUUCUUCUGUUGUGUAUAAGGAUAUCCAACUGGAUGCUGCUAUCUGUUUCCCUAAACGAUCUGUGAAGUUUAUAGAAGUUAUGGAAGUUGUCCCAUAUUUCUGUAUUUUAAAAAUGCCCUUCAAGAAAGGGAAGUAACAAUCCUUUGCUUCUUUUCAGACAUUUACACCAAAGCUUGUCCUACUCGAUCUGUCUGAUGUAAACUGCAUCCAAGAUGUAGCUAAAGAAAUCCUGGAUUGCUAUGGAUGUGUGGAUAUACUUAUCAACAAUGCUAGCACAAAGGUGAAGGGAACAGUGCAGAACAUAUCACUGGAAAUUGACAAAAAGGUUAUGGAUGCCAACUAUUUUGGGCCUAUAACGCUCACCAAAGGUAUUUGGAACUGUGCCCCCUUACGACCUUUGUAUCUCCCUUUAGAGGUGGGGCAGGUGGGGCACACUUUGGAAGCAUUUCUCUUCUUGGAGAGGCUGAUCACACUCAUGGCAUCUCCACAUUACAAACUUGCAUCAGUUUUGUGCUGCCUUCAAAGAAUCUAGGAACUUGGUGAUACUGUGGAAUAUUAUCUGUUCAAGAGCUGUAGCCUCUUUGCAACACUACCAUUUCCAAGAUUCCCUGGGGGAAGCUAAUGAUAUCUGUAGUGCAAUAUAACCUUAAUGUCUAAUGACUCCCACUAGUACUCUUGGACAUGAUCUGACCAAAUGUAAGCACAUAUUAUCCCAUUCAUGCACAUGUAUUUAUCUCCCGCUGAAAUGCUUAAUAUUUCCUGUACCCAUUCAUACUAAGCUGUCUUAACAGUUACAACAGUCCGCUACCCACUGUAUAGACACAAUUGCAGCUAACAUGAUCAUCCCAAUAGAUGAAUAAGGUUGCAUGGCAACCUUCAACUAGCAGAAACUGAUGCAGAGCACAAUGACAUCUGAGUUUGAUGUUGGUGACUACUAGUUCUUCAUAUAUGGGCUCACUUGUGGAAUGAUGAUGUUGACUACAGUUCCCAUUGUACUCAGCCAAUGCUAAUGGGAUCUGGAGUCCAACAAUACUGGGCAGGCACCAUGUUGGCUACCCGCACAGUAGGGCAUGGGAACUAGGUGGCUACGCCUUAGUUGUGCAGUUUAAGAGUUUAUUUUUUUAGGAGAUUGGGAAUAGGAAUUUUCUCUUUCAAUAUUGGCUGCCAAUAGUAGGAACUGUUCAUGGUGUUGGGAUACCGUUCUUUGAACUUAUUUUUCACUGAUUCAUAUAGCCUUAACUAUUACACAGGCAAGGAAAAGAAAUGUUGGAGAUGUGUUUAGAUAAGGAUCACUGCCCCGGCAACUGCAUGUCUCUAAAAUCAUUCAUUUUCUGCCAUCUUUUCACCCUUGCAGCCCUUAUUCCCAACAUGAUCUCCAGAAGAACUGGGCAAGUUGUGCUAGUCAAUAACAUCCAGGGGAAAGUAGGAGUGCCUUUUCGUGGAGCCUGUAAGUUUACAGAUUGAGAAAAUAACCAUUUGUUGCAACGGUGCUGAAUGCAGCAAGCUGAGCCCUUCCAAGUGGCCCAUCAGUUCCCAACCUAGUUUUCUGGUGGCGGCAGCAGCACUGUUUGUGGGGGAGGAAUAAGUUCAGAACACCAUCAGAGACUGAACAGUUUUAAUCCUCAUCUAGACAGAGAUAUUUCAAGCUCUCUGUCCAGCCCAGUACCAUGAUGAAGAAUCAAAUUACCCACUCUCUGCUCAUCAGAUAAUUGAUCUGAUGAACAGAAAGGGGCAAUUUUAAGAGAAGUUUCAAGCUCUCCACUCAGCCCAGCACUGUGCAAAUUGCUCACUGACCACACAUCAGUUCAAUUAACUGAUGAACAGGGAUUUCAAUUCUUAUUGCAUGGACUGUUAAAUAUGUUACUAUCGGGCUUCCAGCUGACCACUAACCCCAAGAGUUUUUAACCCAUUGAGAAAAAGCAGGUGUCAAAUCUGUCAGGUGCCAUUCCAUUUCUCCAUAUUUUUCAGAAGUAAGAAACUGACGUGGGGAUCCCACCCAUAAGCCCAAUGACAACUCUGAGUAUUUCAGCAAAACCUGUCCUUUCAGUCAACACAAUUUGCUUCUUCUUUGGGUUUCUGGAAGAGUUGAAAAGCCAACAUUUAAAAUAAAAGGCUCACUGUGAAACUGGAUCUGUGCUAUUGUUUGGUGCUAAAAUGAUCAGGAAUUGGGUUUCUAGGAACCCAAAUUUCUGUAUAUUAUAACUGAGAGGAUAAUAUACUGUGGGGAGAAGAGUUUAUUUUUUUAGUAUAUGAGGUCAUCUCUUUUUUUCCUCCUAGAUGCUGCUUCCAAGCAUGCUGCUCUGGGCUUCUUUGAUUGUCUGAGGGCAGAACUGCAGGAAUUUGGUGUUUGCGUCAGUACCGUGACUCCAAGUUUCAUACGUGCAUCCCAUGUUCAACCACAGGCUAGCAACUGGGAAGCCUCUGUGUGGAAAUGUAAGAUUAACCAAAGCUGGGGUGGGGAUGGGGGAGCCGGAAUAAAAGGUGGAAGAAGAGAAGAGUGGAGCAGGCCAGUGUGGUGGGAACCUGAAAUGAGACGCAAUAUGAAUUGCAUACUAGUAGUGGGUGAAAUGGGGCAUGGAGGGAGUUUAGACAAAUUUAGGGGAAUACAUAUAUAUCAACAUUUCAACAAAGGGGACUGAGGCAUGCAUCUUCUUGCUGUCAACAUUUUUUAAACGCUCGCUUUCUAGGAACAGCAAGAGAUUGAGGAGGAGUAUUAUUCCAGUAGGAGUCUUGAACUGGUUUAAGCAUUCUGUAUCCUCUAACUCUGAUGUGACAGUGGUAUGAGAUGGUUUGUGGUCUGCAUCUAGGAAAUCAUUUCUGAGCCCACCUACCAGAUGCUUACGGGAUGUGCUGGCCCUGAUCUGAAAUAAUAGGUAAAUAAUUUCAGAGCAGGGUCAGUGUGUCUCAUCUUGCCACUUGCAGAGAAACAUUGUUUCCCUCUUUCAGUCUUUUUCAGAAAACUGGCCAAUGGUGUCCACCCUGUGGAGGUAGCGGAUGAAAUUCUCCGGACAGUGAGCAGGAAGAAGCAAGAAGUGUUCAUGGCAAAUCCCAUUGCAAAGGCAGCUGUUUACAUUCGCACGUUCUUCCCAGAGUUGUUUUUUGCUGUUGUGGCCGCUGGAGUGAAAGACAAACAGAAAAUAGAAGAUGAAAAAUGAUUUGUAUCCUGCUCAUCUAAGUUGGCCGUAGGGUUGCCAGAAGCUCUCUAUUAUAUGGGCUGAUCCAUUGGGAAGCUAAAAGCAGGGAUGUUAGCAGAAGAUCAUACAACUCAAAAAUGAAACAAUGAAAUGUUUCUGGUUUGAGGAUUUGGAGGCAGUGGAGUUGGGAAUGGUAGUCUUUUCAACUACUAUUAAAGGUGCACUCCCGGGCUCUGGAACUACAAUCCCCAGGGUGCUCUGUGAGCCUUCGGAAACACCGGAAACACCUGGGAAUUGCAGUUACACAAGAAAGUUAAUAAAAUGGAGGAAGAGGCUAUGCUCUGCAUGUUGGCUCUUGUAGUCAGAGAGGAGUCGUGGAAGUAGGGAGACCUAAAUAGACACAAACAGAGAAAAUGAGGAGGUUCAGGCACCAGGGAUAACUGGAGAAAUAGUUGGGGUUAGUUUAUGUGUUUGUUAACAAAGUGUUGAGCUGGUAGGAAGCAAACUUGAUUUAGUGAAGAGGAAAUCCUCGGGAAGCAAAAGUGAAGUGCCUUGCCAAUAUUUGCACAAGAAUUAUCCCUCUUCCAACUUCAAAACCCCAAGAUUAUUUCAAUAGCUUCAAGUAGGGUUGAUUCUGAUAACUUGUAACUGUAAAGAAUCAUGGAAACACUGGGUUAACAGGGAAGCAUUCUGUGUUUCGAAAUCGAGAAAUCUGUACAUCUCCAGGUUUUAGGGCAACCGGAUGAUUUUUGAAGCCCCAAAUAGGGAUGAGGGAGAAUUCAAUUUUGUUUGCAAUUUAAUGAGAAACUACCUAAUUUGUAGGGACGCGGGUGGCGAUGUGGGUUAAACCACAGAGCCUAGGGCUUGCUGAUCAGAAGGUCGGCGGUUCGAAUCCCCACGACGGGGUGAGCUUCUGUUGCUCGGUCCCUGCUCCUGCCAACCUAGCAGUUCAAAAGCACUUCAAAGUGCAAGUAGAUAAAUAGGUACCGCUCUGGCGGGAAGGUAAACGGCGUUUCCGUGCACUGCUCUGGUUCACCAGAAGUGGCUUUGUCAUGCUGGCCACAUGACCCGGAAGCUGUACGCCGGCUCCCUCGGCCAAUAAAGCAAGAUGAGCGCCGCAACCCCAGAGUCCGUCACGACUGGACCUAAUGGUCAGGGGUCCCUUUACCUUUACCUGAUUUGUAAGGAUAAAAUGGGCAGGGGGAGAACCAUUUACACAACCUUGAGCUCCUUGGAGGAAAGGUGGGAUACUAAUGUAAUAAUAACUUAAAUGGAUAGUAAAUAUUUAAAAAUGAGAAUAGCAAGGUCAAAAACAUGUUAGCUCAUUCUUUUGUGUUAGCCGGUGAUGCAUUUAAGAAGAUGAGACUUUUCAUAAUGUUCAGCUGUAGCAGAGCUGGGGUAAUUAUUAGAGGACAAUGUUGGAAGGAAAAACGAGAGGCGGUCAGUUACAAGCAUGGUUGCACUUGCACUGAUUUUGGGCUUAGGUCUGUAUAUAUAAUAUCACCUGCAGUACACACUGUGCUACAUCCUGGCCCAAGCCCUGCCUGCACUGCAGGAAAGCAUGUUUGCAAUGCCAGCAGAGCAAACACUAUCUGUAUAGUUGCAAGAGCAAUGCCUGCACAGGGGGAUAAUAUCAUUGCAUUUGUAUUGGUUGUAGCCGGAGUGUGUGGAGGUUUUUAGAUUGUUUGAGCAAUAGGCAUGCCUCACGUACUGCUUGCAAGAAACUGAGGUGAAUGCAUCCAUUCUGAAAACAUAGUGUGUGCAUGUGAACGAGGGGAGGGGGCCGAACUGAAAAAUGGCUGCUGUUAGGCUUGCAUUUGCUGUAGAACUUUCAGCUGCUGGGGCCCAAACAGUGCACAUAAUGGAGGUGUGCUUGUCUCCUCCUCCCUGUUCCAGUGUAGGGAUGGGAGACAAGCCCUACAAGGCCUUCCCUGACUCCACUGCCUCUUCCUUUAUUUCUUCUUGGCCCACCAGCUUAAAUUUAUAGCACAUGUGCUCCCUUCAAAAAGAGAAUCCACUUCCUCAAAACACCUUCGUAGGUGUACACAACAGGAAAAACAUAUGACCAAUACAAUUAGGAAUAUUUGAAAAGGAUGUGUAUUUGCAUUUCCCAGAUUUCUAGGUUUCAGAUCAAGCAACCCUACCCAGAAGUGAUAUAAAUAAAGUCCUUGUUUCAACUUUG